CUUGCGCACGGUCCCGGCAGGCAUCUCUGUCCAGAGAGAAACAUGGCUAUCUCCUUGCUGCUGCUGUCCUUCCCGUGGCCGGCGCGUCCCGGACCGCUCCGCAGGUGCUGGGAGCUGCUGCAGCAGCUGAGGCAGAACUGGAACGGCCUUGCCAGUCCCCAGUGGGCACCAGCAUUAGCGGUCCAGGGUCCAUCCAUGCUCACAGACCCAGCCCACGGCACCAGUGGAAACAGAGAGGAUUCCAGCUUUGUAGAUAGUAUCUUUUGGAUGGCAGCUCCCAAAAACAGACGCUCCAUUGAAGUUAACCGGUGUAGGAGAAGAAACUCCUGGAAGCUUAUUAAAAUUAAGAACAAUAUAGACGUUUGCCCUGAAUGUGGCCAUCUGAAGCAGAAACAUGUUCUCUGUGGCUACUGCUAUGAGAAAGUAUGCAAGGAAACAACACAAAUCAGACAACAAAUAUGGACUCAAGAAGGGGGCCCCUUUAAAGCCCCAACUGUAGAGACUGUGGUACUGUACACGGGAGAGAAACCAUCAGAGCAUGAUCAGGGCAAGAGGAUUAUUGAACGAAAUACGAAGAGGCCAUCUUGGUUCACCCAGAAUUGAUAUUGAAGAAGUUAAAAAAAUAAUAAUUUCAUAGUCUCUAAAAUCAGGAGUCUUUGCUUUUUUUAUGUUGUGCCUGUUUUGAUAUCAAUGUAUUUUUAAAAUUGACUUUAUUAGCUGUUAAUUUUAAAUGAAGUAAUUUGAAGAGUGUCUCUUGAAUAAACUCAAAAUAUUUGUGCAAAGGCGUAGUGGAUUAAUAUGUGUGUUUCUGUAAUGCUGUUGGUUCUUAAUUAAACCUAAAAUUUCCCCAGACCAAAACAUAAAAAAGUAAUAAAAUUCUUAGCUAAUUA